AUGAACUCGAUUCGACGUCUCUCGUUGACGCGGCGUGUGAAAUUCCUGAGCAGCGACGGGUCACGUGUACGCCAUUUCUGCGGAAACGUCGUCAAGGACGAAGGAGACUGGUCUUACUCGCCUGAAUGGUGGGAUCCUCAAGACGGCGGCCACACGGUUUCACGAUCUUCCUCCGUCAAAGGCAACGGCGUCGUUUCUGUCAUUGCCCACCCUUCUUCUCUUCCUAGUAGAGAGUCAUGGGCAGAAACCGAGAGAUGGCUAGAGAAAAGGUAUAUGGAGAUAAUGCCAAGAGAUGAAGAGAAGAAUGGCAAGUUUAGUAUACUCGGAUAUCAAUGGCGGUCUCUUCGUUUCAACGAUGAUACUCGACAAAGCACUGUCAAAGUCAUGGCUGCUUGUAGGGAAUUGCAACCGAGCUCCAUUUUCUACAUGCAACAACCUCACUGCCUUGCUGUUCCAUAUCUUAAGAGCAUGGUUUCAGUUGGGUUGACUUCUCUUUUAGCUUCUAGAUUCGAUAUGAAGAGUGUAGCUGUUGGGAAGAAGCAAAUGCGCAUAUUAUGUAUCGGUCAUGGUGGAGGAAGCUUACCGUUGUUUUUAGCUAACCACAUUCUUGGUGCUGUUGUUGACAUAGUUGAGAUCGAUCCAGUGGUUAUCUCUGAAUCGGUUAGAGCAAUGGGCUUCCCUGCAUUCUCUGUCAUGAACACAGCAACAGGGAAACGUGCGUUACAAGUUCCAGGCGUUAUCGAUCAGGUGAUGUGGCGUGGAAUCCAUGAGAGACUCUUCCUUUACGAAUCAGAAGCUAAGGAGUUCAUUCUCAAGAAGAGAGAUAAUACUUAUGACAUGGUGUUCAUGGAUGCUUAUGAUGGAGGAGAUAUCUUUCCACAUAGUCUAUGGGAUUCGAAAUCCGUGUUCAUGAAAGCUUUAAGCGAAAGGCUUCACCGUGAGCAUGGAACUUUGGUGGUGAAUCUUCACUCUGAUGCUGAGAUCUCGGAGAUAGACAGAGCAAAUGAAGGUGUAACGACGGGGAAGUAUGUGAGGAAAGUUGGUAAAGCUUACAAGAGGGGUUUGAUGGAGAAUGAAAAGAAUGGGAAGAAUGGGAUGGUGUUUGCUUGUGAAGUGCCAUGGCUGUGUAAUGUAUCUUUGGUGGUGAGCAGAGGGAUGAGAUCAGAAGGAAGAGAUAGAGACAGAACCAUGAGAGAUCUUGUGAAGACUUCUUUAGAAGUGGAUCGAAUCUUGCAUCUGCCUUUCUCUUGCUUGGAUUAUCUGAAAACUGGUCUUGCCGUCAUAUAA